CCUUCUUUCUCACUAAACAUACUUUUUCGAUUGUUCAAAGAGAAAUGCUGAAUUAAUAGCAAUUUUACGGUCAUGGGUGGAUGCCUAGGAACUUCGACGGACGACCUGGGUUUCCACGGAGACGGCGAAGGCUCCAAUUCAGUGGCCAUCGGUCGUAACAAACCUUUGAAGAGACAUACACUGUUAUGGAAUGCCGACGUGCCGAUGACUGUUGGACAACUGAGGAGCAAGAGAGAUGAGUUCUGGGACACGGCGCCUGUCUUUGACGGCCGGAGAGAAAUAUGGGAUGCGUUACGAGCGGCCGCCGACGCCGUGGAGAACACGGAUUAUGAGCUUGCACAGGCGAUCGUCGAUGGAGCGAAUAUCACACUUCCUAGAGGUGAGUUGACAGAAUGCUAUGAUGAACUGGGAAAUCGGUAUGUCAUUCCCAACUACUGCCUUAGUCGUCCGGUCAAUAUGCAAUGUGAGACUGGCUCUGAUGCAACAGUAGAACAACAGGACAAUUCGAAUCAGGCAAGUACGGCACAACCAGUAAGCAAACAAAAGCAGAAGAAAAAAUCGAAGGAAGGAGACACUGUUCGUGAUGACGAAGGUACACCAAAUCGAGUGGUAAUGAAACUUCGUCUGUCCACUGGUCCAGAACUGAAGCUUCAUUUCCAGGCGAAGGACACAAUUGCAGAUGUAAAGAGAAGAAUACAGGAAAAAGAUGGUAUUGAUGUGUCACGUCAGAGGCUAUUCUCGAGCGGACGGUUGCUAAUGGAUAAGAGUACUAUUGAAAGUUGUUCUAUACCGAAAGGAUUUGUUGUUCAAGUUAUAGUUGGGCCUGAGGUGCAGUGAGCUGCUUUGGUGUUGUAGACAGUGUAUAUCAUACCUGUAGAUUUUAGUACAGUGUGUACCCUAAUGCCAUGUGAGACGUAUUACAAGAAGGAUGAGAGCAUGUAACUAGCUUGUCUGUUCUUCACU